AUGAUACAGGCUAGGGAGUUGAUUUACCCAUUGCUUAAAAGGCGAAUAGGCAAUGGUCAAAGUACUCGGUUUUGGUUCGAUAACUGGACUCCUCUUGGGAAGCUAUACACGGCUCUAGAUGCAGGAACUUCCCGACUAGGCAUACCGAAGAUGGCAACUGUUGCGUCUCUCUUUAUUGGAGGAUCCUGGAAUUUGCCGUUCGCUAGGACUGAUGCUCAGCUUGCUCUGCAGAUUCAUUUAACAACGGUAACUCUUUCAGAUCAGGAGGAUCACUAUGAAUGGAUGAUAGAGGGAAAAACACGGAUGAGAUAUAAGACAGGCGAGAUGUAUGAUUACCUGAAAGGUGUUCAACAAAUGGUACCAUGGGCUAAAGUAAUCUGGAUCUCCUAUGGAAUCCCGAGGCAUAGCUUCCUCUCUUGCGCCGAUGUUUGGAGAAGGAUAGCUCAUUGUUGUCAGCUCCAACCUCUCACCGUGUGGGAAGAUAUUAUCCUUCAACUUCAAAGACUACUGAGGGAUCGAGACUCUCGCCGAGUAACUCUACUGGCGUUUCAGGCUACCGUUUACUGGAUCUGGACUGAGCGUAACACAAGACUGCACCAACAACUCUUCAAAACUCCAGAGACUGUCUUCUCAACGAUAGACAGGCAGAUUAGGAAGAGGCUGCAGAGCUUUCGACAUGCAAAUCCAAGGGCAUCAUCGGCGAUGACUCAACUGUGGUUUCUCCACUUGUAA